CCGACCACGACUACGAACUCAUGACCACCCUCUAGGGCCCUGCGACCCUCGCCUGCAGUCAGUCACUCCCUGUCCGCUGCGCAUCCUAUUACUCUAGCGAAUACCCUUCUCCGGCCCGCCUGUGCUCUAAAUACGAUGGGACUAGGCAAGGUAGUCGCAGCAGCAGCAGCAGCGGCCGCCCCUCUUCUGCGGGACCGCCUCCACCAUCAGUACGGCCGAGUACACCAAAACCCGGAGGACGACGGCUGGGAAGACCAGGACCGGACGCCAACCGUCGCGACCGCCCCGCAGCCCCUCCCUCGCCCGCAAACCGUCUCCCAAAUCCUCGCCGGACGGCCAUCCGAGACUUUACCUCAGACCGCUGGUCCUGAGCCCGAGCCCGUCGUGGCUGCGGAGGAGAUGGUAUGGAAACCGCUUUUGGGCGUCGACACGCACGUCACGCCGAGGCAGUCAGCGGGGUUCAGCCCGCACGGUGACAGUAACGGUAAGGGGGGCGGGCAAAGCUACGGGGCGGUUCUGGACGAAGGCGGGCCGUCGAGGCUGCGCCAGAGCCCAGAGAGGUACAGAAGUAAUUCGUGGCUGGACAGGGUCCCGGAGGAAGCUGCUCUGGACGGGGAUGCUGGUGAGGACGACGCAGAGGCCGACGACUGGGACUUGGCGCAGCAGGGGUAUUAUAGUGGUUCCUACAAAAGGACAAUUGCGCUCUACGCCUUUGUCCCGCUCACCUCCUUGCUCGUCUUCCUCGCUCUCGCACUCGCCCCGACAUGGCUCUGGCCCGUCCGCUGGCCAUCCCCUCCCUCAUUCCCCCGCUCCUUCCCUUCCCCCCUCCCCGAGUUCACCCUCGCCGCCGCACUCUGGUCCCUGUCGCACCUCCUCCGCACGCCCCUCUGGACGCUCUCUGCCCCCUGCCCGCGCCCCCUCGACACCCUCCUCUUCAACCUCCUCCACGUCCUCCUCUCGAACUUCCUCCGCCUCGCUGCGUUCGCAACGCUCCGCGUCCGACACGACAUGGCGUACCCGCGCCCGACGUGGCGCGACGGCGCGUUCCGCACCGUCUGGUGGACCGCGCUCGGGUGGGCCGCGGCGGAGGCCGCGGCGAGCGUCGCGCAGGGGUACGCCCAGCUCGCGCUGUACCGAAACGUCAUGGUCCCCGUCGAGCGCGUCCAGGCGAUCCUCGCGCGCGCCCGCGGCUGGGGGGGCGAGGGCGGCGUGGCGCUCUCAAAUAACGCGAGCAGGGAGUACAUGCCGCUCAGCCCGCGGAGCGCUCACGGGCGUUCGCCCCCGGGCGACGCGGACGGGCACGGGAACGGGAACGGGAAGGGAAACGCGGACGGGGCGAACGGCGGCGACGGGAGGAGCCCGAGGAGAGCGGGCCCGACGCCGAUGAGCUUGGAGGAGGCGAUCCGGCUCGCGGUCGACCAGGAUGUGGAGCAGCUGAUUCACCUGCAGGAGCGCGAGGAGCUCGAGGAGGUGUACGGCAUCCCUGUGAUUUAUAUCCCUGAGCCGAUACGGCGCCGAUCUACUCGAACCACGCCUUGGCAAUCGCCUUCCCUCUCGUGGUCGUCGUCCAUCUGUUCCUGUCGCUCCUGCACUCUCCGCCCAUACUGCCCCGGAUUG